AUGUUUUCCCUGGUCAGUGGUUUGGCCUUGCUGGCUGCCUCCCUCCUGCUCCUGCGAAUGCUCACCUUCUUCCUGGAUCGAAACCAGUUCCCUCCUGGCCCGUUCCCACUGCCCGUCCUUGGCAACCUGUUGCAGCUGAAUUUUCAGCUUCACCCUGAGAAGCUUGGCCAGCUGGCCAAGAAACAUGGGAGCAUCUUUACUGUGUGGCUGGGGUCAACGCCAGUGGUCGUACUGAAUGGUUUCCGGGCAGUGAAGGAUGCCUUGGUCACUCAUUCAGAGAACUUUGCUGAUCGGCCAGUUACCCCCCUCUUUGAGGACCUGUUUGGUGACAAAGGGAUCAUCUCCACCAGUGGUCAUACCUGGACACAGCAGAGACGUUUUGGCCUCACCACCCUACGAAGCCUGGGCAUGGGAAAGAAAGUCCUGGAGCAGCGGCUUCAGGAGGAGGCGCAGUGCCUGGUGGAGAUCUUUCGCAGAGAGAAUGGCAGGUCCUUUGACCCCCACAUUCCCAUCGUCAGGACAGCAGCCAAUGUGAUCUGUGCUCUAGUGUUUGGCCAUCGCUUCUCCCAUGGGGAUCCCUUCUUCCAAGAGUUGAUGAAAGCAAUUGACUUUGGGCUGGCCUUUGUCAAUACCUUCUGGCGCCGGCUGUAUGAUGUCUUUCCAUGGCUACUGCGCCAACUCCCUGGACCUCAUCACAAGGUCUUUCGGUAUCAGGAGACAGUGAAGAAUCUCAUCUGCCAGGAGAUCCAGAGCCACAAGCAAAGGGAGCCCAAAGACUCAGAGGACUUUAUCAGCUGCUACUUGGCUCAAAUCACUAAGAGAAAGAAUGACCUUAUGUCCACCUUCAAUGAGGAGAAUUUGGUCCAAGUAAUCAUUGACCUGUUCCUUGGGGGCACUGAAACGACAGCCACCACCCUGCGCUGGGCACUGCUCUACAUGAUGCAUCACAAAGAUGUUCAAGAAAAGGUUCAGCAGGAGCUGGGAACAGUCCUGGGUCCAACCCAGGAGAUCAGCUUUGAGGACCGGAAACGCUUGCCCUACACCAACGCCGUCCUGCACGAAGUACAGCGCUUUUGUAGCGUCAUCUCCGUGGGCGCUGUGCGCAAGUGUGUGGCAGACACCACUGUGCAAGGAUUCCCCAUUCACAAGGGCACAAUCAUCUUACCCAACCUGGCUUCUGUGUUGUAUGACCCCGAACACUGGGAGACCCCGUGGCAAUUCAAUCCUGGGCACUUCUUGGAUGGAGAAGGAAACUUUGUGAUCCAUGAAGCCUUCUUGCCCUUCUCCGCAGGUCACCGGGUGUGCUUGGGCGAGCUGAUCGCCAAGGCGGAACUCUUCCUGAUGUUUACGAAUCUGCUCCGGGAGUUUCAGCUGCAGGCUCCGGAGGGGGCCUCUGGCGAUGAGCGAGAUUACAUUUUCUGGGGCACACUGCAGCCCCAGACGUACAAAAUCUGUGCCACCCCUCGCCUAGAUUGGUCUCGAGGAUGCAAACACCAGCCCUUUGCUCCCUCCAAAACACCCCAAGCAAAUCUAGCCCAGAAGCGCCAGUGUAUUCUGUGGCCUUCCACUCAGGGCCUGCAAAUGGACAAUCCAACACUGGACCUCCAGUCAGUCACCACACGUUUACUAAACACCUCCCAUGCUCCAACCAGCAAGGGAAACCAAACGCCCCAGACUAGGAACGGGCUUCUGCGCCUGCGCAGAGGGCCUGGGCCGGCCUCAGGGGAAGUGGCACGCUAUUCGCCAGACGGGUCACGUGAUAUGCUAGGGUCGGUUUGGUUGGCCGCUGUGCCAUGGGGGGAGCGGUUGCUGUGGAGACGGAGUGACAGGAGCCGGGUGACGGUCCGGCCGGGUUCGGGGCGGCGGCGGCGGCGGCCCCGGCAGCUGGAGCGGGAGGAGGAGUGGGCCGGGACGGGGCGGAGGUGA